UCUCUGAAGCCAGCCUGGUCCGCCUCUACCGCCGGUUCCGGGACCUGGACAGGAACAAGAAGGGCUACCUGUGCCGCACGGAUCUCCGGCAGAUUGGGGCUCUGGCAGUGAACCCUCUGGGGGACCGCAUUAUAGAAAGCUUCUUCACUGAUGGGAGUUACAGUGUGGAUUUCUCAGGCUUUGUCAGAGUCCUGGCUCACUUCCGCCCUGUAGACGAUGAAGAACUACAGGACCCCAAGGCACCAGAACCCCUCAAUAGCAGAAUGAACAAGCUUCGCUUUGCUUUUCAGCUCUAUGAUCUGGAUCGAGAUGGAAAGAUCUCCAGGCAUGAGAUGCUACAGGUUCUCCGACUGAUGGUCGGGGUACAGGUGACAGAAGAGCAGCUGGAGAGCAUCACUGACCGCACCGUGCAGGAGGCCGAUGAAGAUGGGGAUGGCGCGGUGUCCUUCCUGGAGUUUGUCAAGUCCUUAGAGAAGAUGGACAUUGAGCAAAAGAUGAGCAUCCGAAUCCUGAAGUGA